GGAGCAGCCGCGGCCCGGAACCCUCGGCGCGGGCGCGGUUUCCGCGGGCGGUGCGAGGCGCGGCCCCGCCAUGGCGGCGGAGGGGGAGGACCCGCUGGGCUAUUUCGCGGCCUACGGCAGCUCCAGCUCCGACUCGGAGCCCGAAGAGCCCCAGCCCGACGAGCACCCGCCGGGAGCCGGCGCGGCCUCGGGGGGCAGCCCGGGGCGGCCGCGGCUGCCGCCGCCCGACGAGCUCUUCCGUCGGGUGUCGCAGCCGCCCGCCUUCCUCUACAACCCUCUCAACAAGGAGAUCGACUGGGAGAGCCGCGUCCUGCGGGCGCCCGAGGAGCCCCCCAGGGAGUUCAAGGUGUGGAGGAGCAACGCCGUGCCCCCGCCGGAGACCUACAGCCCGCCCGAGAAGCCGCCGCCGCCGGCUCCCGCCCUCGACAUGGCCAUAAAGUGGUCCAACAUCUACGAGGACAAUGGUGACGACGCGCCCCGCCAGGCCGGCAAAGCCAAGUUCCUGCCGGACGAGGAGCAGGAGCUCCUGGAGUCGGAUGGUGAAAAAGAUGAUGAACCAGCUUCUGCUAAGAAACGUAAAGUAGAGUCUGGAGAGCAGGCGAAGAAGAAGAAGAAGAAGGUAUAAGCAGGCCAUUUUGGAUUUAGACAUAAAGAGAAUUUCAAGGAGCUCGGAUUCCUCUGCUGGAAUGGGAAACAAAUACAUGUUUACUGCAUUUCUCCCUCGUAUUGGGUAGGGAAUUUUUUUUUCUGUAGUAUGCUUGCCUUUUGGAAAGCACAAAUUUAAACGGACGGUGUUGUGGUAGAACUUGUUUACUGAACAAAAUUUAAACCUGUUUAUUUGAAACAAGGAUUUAGAAGAGAGAUCCAUUGCCAUGGAUACUUGUGCUUAUGCAGGUUACAGGGCCUCACAAUCUUUUGUUUAUCAAGAAACCUGGUAACAUGCGUUUUUCUGGACUGACUUUUCCAUUGUGUCAAAACCUUUUAUAAAGGAGUAUGUACUAAAGAUUUUUUAGGUACCAGUCUGUGAUAUGUUCACAUAAUGUUGUUUUUAAAUAUAUGUAUAAACUGCAGAUAGUCACUGGAAUAAAACUACAUUUGAAAACAUCUGUGAUAUAAAUAUUGCAUUGCAUGCUUGGUGAACAGGAGCCAUGACUUCUGUUUUAUAUGCCAUUCACUGAUGUGACUUAACAGAUUCCUCAGGGCUUUUUUGUUUAAAUAAAUACACAACUACAAACUGAAAAAAAAAAUGGACCUAAAAAUGGAGUUUAAUGUUUUAUUUAUUUAUUUAUUUAUUUAUUUAUUUAUUUAUUUAUUUAUUUAGAUGUUAUGGUAUUUUCAUCAGUGAAACAUGAGACUAACUGAUGGAGGGAGAAUUGAAGCAUGUAAUGUAUUCUUCCUGAAACAGAAAAUAGAAUCAAGAUAUUUAUGUAGACAAAAAUUGUGACAAAGCUGUGAUAGAGUCUUUGCUGCCAAAUUGUAUUUAUUUCAGUACAAAUGGUAGUGUUCUCAAAGUGCUAGUCAGUAUAUGUUGCAUUUGUGGUAUGGUGCUGAAUGGGUUUUUGGGUCUGUAUAUGAAAAGGUACCAGCUUGUACUGGAUUGAAGUAAAGGUUGGUGUAUAUUUUCAGAUAAAGAUUCUGUGCCUUAGAAAAUCUGCAGUGAGAUUAGCACCUACAAAUAGAGAUAUAUGUAAUUAAAUUGUAAUGUAAAAAU